AUGGCCCGCGGGCGAUCGGUGGCGCUGCCCUGCGCCGUGGUCGUGCUUAUCAUGUGCGCCACCCUCCACCAGGCGUUCGCCGGGCUCCCUGGGAGGGCCGACUUCUCCAAGGUCGCUCUCCGCGCGGAGCCAGUUUCGGCGGCUGUGGCGGCGGCCGCCGCCACGGCGGCGGCGAAGACCGCGGCGGCAGCCGGCGCCGCGAAGGCGGCCGCGGGUGCAGCAGCCGCCGGCGGCGCAAAGGCCGCAGCGGCAGGGGCGGCAGGCGCCACGGGCGCCAAGGCCGCUGGCCUCGGCGCCGUCGCCUCCGCCGGGCCGCGGGAGCCUGCGCUUCAGCGCGUGCCGGUUCGGCCCGAUGAUGGCGCGGAGCCGUCAGCAGCCGCGGCGUCGGACUCCUGA